AUGGCGCCGGACACGCAUUCCAAAAUCCCCCACCUACCGGGACCUCCACCUAAUUCGACCAAUCAUCCUGUCGCAGCCAAGGGAGCUCAGUUGAUCUUCCCCAAAGUCCGAUUGACCUUUUUGACACCCUCUUUGGUACGCAUAGAGUCGUCUGCAGAUGGAACCUUUGAAGACCGAGCCUCAACUUUCGCUUUGAAUAGGAAUCUGCCUGUACCAAAGCUGAACGUGGAGAAGCAAGACGAUGGCGGCGUCGUCAUAACGACCGAGCAGUUGAGAAUCAUCUACGACGGGAAAGACCUCACUGAACAAGGCUUUCAUGUCGUGACUGUCCACAAAAUCCCGCCCAACAACAACCAGCAAGAUUGGCGAUGGGGCCAUAACACCAGAGGGAACCUCGGCGGAACUGCGAGAACCCUGGACGGCGUGAAUGGAAGAGUGGAUAUGGGCGAUGGAAUCCUGUCCAGGAACGCAUUUGCACUAAUCGACGACUCCACCACGAUGCUGUUCACACCAGAAGGCUGGGUUGAUGCACGAAUCCCAGGCCGAUCUGACCAUUAUCUCUUCGGAUAUGGCGCAGACUACCAGGCUGCUUUGAAAGACUUCUACAGAGUCAGCGGUGAUAUGCCGGUGGUUCCUCGAUGGGCCUUGGGAAACUGGUGGUCCAGAUACCACCGAUACACUGACGAAGAGUAUCUUGGGGUCAUUGACAGAUUCAACGAGGAGAAGAUUCCAUUGAGUGUCGGAGUCCUCGAUAUGGAUUGGCAUCUGGUCGACGAGGUCCCCGAGGAAUACGGAGGCGGCUGGACCGGAUACACUUGGAAUAAGAAAUAUUUCCCCGAUCCAAAGGGUUUCCUUAAAAGGUUGCACGAUCGAAACGUACGGAUCACUCCCAACACCCAUCCAGCGGAUGGCUUCAGAGCCUACGAAGACGUUUACAAGAAGGCGUGCGAAAUCCUCGGACGGGAUCCCUCAACCAAGGAGCCGAUCGAAUUCGAUUGCACCUCCGCCGAAUUCAUGUCUGCCUAUUUUGACAUUCACCACGUCAUUGAAGAGGACGGCAUCGAUUUCUGGUGGCUCGAUUGGCAACAGGGGUCCAUCAGUAAGAAGCCUGGUAUCGACCCCCUCUGGGUCCUGAACCACUACCAUUUCUGGGACAGUGGACGAAAGGGGCUCCGACCCGUCACUUUCACCCGGUAUGGAGGUCCCGGUGGUCACAGAUACCCCAUUGGUUUCUCUGGAGACACUGUCUCAACGUGGGAAUCUCUGGAGUUCCAGGCCGAAUUCACCAGCACCGCUGCCAAUGUUGGCUUUGGUUGGUGGAGUCACGAUAUCGGCGGUCACUACGGAGGCUACAAGGACCCCGAAAUGUACACGCGAUGGGUGCAUCUCGGAUUGUGGUCGCCUGUGCUCCGACUUCACAGUACAGCUGGUGAAUUCAACUCUCGAGAACCAUGGGUGUAUAAUGAAGAAGCUCGGCGCAUCGCGACUGAGUCAUUGCGAUACAGACAUCGACUCAUUCCUUACCUAUACACGAUGUCAGUUAGAGCUGCGCGAGACGGUCGAUGUCUCGUUGAGCCGAUGUAUCACCGCCACCCUCUCGAGUCGGACGCCUACGCCAACAAGACCCAAUUCUUCUUCGGUACAGAGCUCAUCGUGGCGCCCAUUCUCAAGCAGAGAGAUCACGUCACCCAGAUGGGCAAGACCGAGGCAUGGCUGCCCAAGGGUGAAUGGGUAGACAUUUUCACCAACACUGUCUACGACGGAGGACGAAUCGUCAAGCUGUAUCGUCUUUUGGAACAGACGCCCGUCUUGGCAAAAGCAGGCGCCAUUUUGCCCCUCGAUCUCGCAGGUACCAAAGGUUUCGACGAAAAGACCGUCAACGACACGCCAAUUCCCACAGCUAUUGAAGUUGUACUCGUUGUAGGAGCUGACGGCCAUUUCGAGCUCCUCGAAGAUGAUGGAUCAGGAGCAGAUCUCGCCGCGAUCACCUUCUCAAAGACGCCAAUCACCUACGACCAAGCAAAGGGGCGUUUGACCAUUGGUCCGACCUCAAACCCGUUGGUCAAGGACAGAAAAUACCACGUCCGACUUCCUGCGUUUGAACAGGGUCAAAGUUUCAAGCCCACCGUAGCGGGCUCGGCUAAUCUGGCAUAUGUCGGUGAGGAGCAAGGGCAGACAGUUUUGCAUAUCGAUUCUGUGCCCUCAGGAGAGAAGGUAGAGAUUGACCUUGGGCCCGAGCCUCAAUUGCGUGAGAACGAUCUCAAGUCGCCUCGAUCGGUGAUGCACUCCAUUUUCCAACGGGCCGUCUUUGGACCGGAGGAGAAGGACGCGGCGUGGAAUCUCAUCCAGGCAGCUGGUACCAAGGAGAAACGACACAUUCUAAUCAGCCAGCUUGAGGCUAGAAAUCUUGAUCCUAAUGUGAAAGAUGCCCUGCUGGAGCAAAUCAUGGCAUCCUAG